GGCGCUUAAGACAAAACAUGAAGCCAGAAACAUAACUACUGAACUGCGUGUUUAAUCCGACACAGAUACAUAAUAGGUUAUAGAACAAAUAUCCGUUACCCGGUGACUUGUUUCGACUCGCAGCCAAAUUACUGCACUUGGUGUUUUGUUGUUCAUGCCAGGCGGAGGUGCAGAUGCAGCUUUACGGUGCAUCCUGUGUUAUCAGGGCCGGAAGCUGCGCUGUCAUUGCGGCUUUUACAAGAGUGAUGGUAAAGUGAUGUGGGACCUUCACACGACGACAGACAUGAAGCUUCUUCUGCUCGUUUGUCUCCUGACGUGGCCUGGAAUAACAUCUGCUGAGGAAACCGGUUUUGUCACUGUGGCAGAAGGGGAUGAUGCAGUUUUACCCUGUUCCCUCAGCUCUAAAGAGAACAUACAGCAAAUGAUCUUCGACUGGAAGAAAGAUGAAGAAAAGCAGAAGCAGGUCUUCUAUUAUGUUAAAGGAAAAUAUUACAAUUACGGCCUCACAGGCCAAGAUCAGCAGUUUAUAGGACGUGUUUCACAUUUUCAAGAUGAACUCAAGUUUGGAAAUGCCUCCAUCAAAAUCAGGAACACAGAGUUGGCCGACAAUGGAAGCUACACCUGUAUUUUCCCAGAAAAACAAAACUCUCACAUUACACUUUAUGUAGGUGCAGCUCCAAAGCCAUAUGUCAAGCCUAUUCAUGACACAAAUAAAUGGAGUCUUCUCCUGUGUGAAGUUCAAGGUGUACCAAAACCUACAGUGGAGUGGAAGGACAGUGCUGGAAAUAUCCUUCCUGCUGGAGAACCAAAGGUCACAGAACACAACAACCGCUUCUAUGUUACACUCCAAAUUGUUGUAACCAAGGCUGACAACUUUACCUGUGUAGCUACACAAGAGACGAUUCACCACCAGAUUAAUUCUACUUUAUGGAUUCAUUUCCCAGUUUCAGAUACCUCAACUCCAUGGAUCAUUUGUGGAGUUCUUGGUGUUUUGUUGUUGGUAGUUGUUAUUGGCGCAGUGCUGUGUGUGCAUCUCAAAAAGAAUUACAUGACAGGUCCAACAUCAAUCUCAGAAAGUGUGCAUCUCAGUGACCACAGCCAUUCAGGAUAAAUAACUAGCCUCAACCCCUAAAGAGCAUUUUAUUUGCUUUUUGUGUGUAUGUUGUAGUUGUUGAUUUCACACAAAGAUCAUGAGAAAAUACUGCUAUACCUUGCUGAUUACAGGCUGUCUGACAUGUCACAUCUCAUUUUAAAGCUCAUUUGCAGGUUGGGAUGCUCCAUGAUGCUUCAUGCAACUCAUCUGGUCUCAGUACCAAGAGCAACCUGAGGUGGUCUGAAGUUCUAUACAGUAAAUAGCUCUAUUCGACUACUGUUCUAAACCACAUUAUGGCAUGAACAAUUUAAUUAAGUGAAGAGAAACAGCAGUUCUUUUAGACAUGAAGGUUGGUUAAUUUAGUCAAUUUGAAGAACUUUGACAGUAUCCUCAAUUUUCGUCAUGAAAACCAUCAACUGCCAUAAUGAAACCAGAUCUUAUGAGGACUGCCCCAGGAAAGGAGAACUAAGUAAGGAAGACCUUUGAUGCAGAGGAUUAGUUCUUUAAAGUUACCAGACUCAGAAAUUACAAAUUAACAGCAACCCACAUUGAAACCCACUCACAUUGAAAUAUUUAUUUUGUAUUUGUUUCAUUAAAUAUAGAUGCUAAUUUCUAUUGUUGAUGAUGUUUAUGAAAAUUAAUGUUAUGUUGAAUUGUUGAUGCAUUGCUUGAAAUCACGGGAUAUCAUUUAUGUACUUACUCAAAAAAAUUGUCUGUUGGAUGAAUGUAAUAAAAUUAUGGAAAGAAUUUCCACUUAAUUAAAAUGCUUUCAUUUAGCGAGACUCAAUUUUGUGUAAUUGUAACUAUGUUAAGUGAACAUUAAGUAUUGGAGUUACUGUUACUUAUUUGCAAAGGCCCAACUAAUUUUGUAAAAUUUGUUUCAACAUAUUUUCUAAGGAAGAAUUAAACUUAAUUUUCUUGGGUCACAUUAAUCUGUUUAUUGAUUAUGGAUAACUUAUUUUGACAGGGUAGAUACUGGAUUAUUUUUAGGUGGUACAAUGGUAUUACUUAAUCAUGUUGACUGAUCAUCAGUGAAGUAAGUUCAACCAUUAGAUUAAAACCUGUAUCACUGUUCUUAGAUCCUAUUCUUAGAGAUUCUCAAACCUUCCCUUCAGUCAUGGUUCCUCAGUUUGUACCACAAAAGUAAUUGGAAUCAAAAAAAUAACUAUUGAAAACUACUAGACUUCUGCUCUGACUGUUCCCAAACUCUGAGGAGUGGUUUUUCUAUCAGGACAAUGCUCCCUGCCUCAGCUAGGUCAGUAAAGGUGUGGAUGACGGACUACCACAUGACGACCCUGUCACGGCCUGCCCUAUCUCCCGACCUGAAGCCACUUUGAAAACUUCUGGAGGAAGACAGAUGGUCACAAGCCAUCAGACAUUGCUGAGCUUCUUGAAUUUCUAUGCCAGGAGCUGCAUAAAGUAAUCCAACAACAAUGGUGGAGAGGCAAGACACGUGAAAGCUGUCACUGAAAAUCAGGGUUAUUCCACCAAAUACUGAUUUCUGAACUUUUCCAAGUUAAAACAUUAGUAUUAUGUUGUUUAGAAAUGAACUAGUUUUCUUUACAUUAUUUGAGGUCUGCAUCUUUUUGUUAUUUUAACCAUAUGUCAUGUUCUGAAAAUACAUGUUCUAAAAUUUAGAACAAAUACAUGUUCUGAAUUUUAGAACAUGUAUGGUAUUUAGUCUGUAUUUUACAGAAGCGUAUUGCAUUCACACAAAAAAUUAAAUUCGGCUCUGUUUUUCUGAAUUUACGAGAUAAUUAUCUCAUAAUUACGAGAAAAAAUAAAUAAACGGCGCUGUUUUUCUGAGU